AGUAGGGAGUGAAUCAGCAGAUGGAAGCUCUCUCUGUCUUUGUCUCCCCCUCUCCCUCUCCCUCUCUCUCUCUCUGUCUCUCUCUCAAAAAAUCAAACGAAAAAUACAAUGGAUUCCUAAAGAUGAUACCAAAAGCACUAGCAACCAAAGGGAGCAUAAAGGCCUUGGCCCUGGCCUAGGCAGGGCAGUGCCCAGCCCUCCUCAGCCCAGCUCUUUGUUAUCGAGCCCCAAAUGAUCCCUGACUCAGCUGGGCCACGACUUCCUCCUUCCUGACCACAGAGGCUUCAGGAUUUUCAAGGAAGCCCGAGAGGGGUGGGGCUCCAUCAGUAGGAUGGUCUGGCCAGCGCUCCUAUAAAAGGUGGGACAGGGGGUGUCCUGCAAACAGCCGGGCUCUGACCCCCAUGCCCUCUCCUCCUGCACCCAGGUGUGGAUCCCUGAGCUUCUGCACCCUCCCCCGGACAUGGCAGGCCCUGCAACCAUCGCAGCCAGCCUCCUGCUGCUGGCCCUCAGUGCCCACCACUUCACCCCUGCAGGUGCUGUGGUCAUCCCCUCCUCCUGCUGCAUGAACUUUAUUCCUAAGAAGAUCCCUGAGAGCCAAGUGGUGAGCUACCAGCUGUCCAGCGGGAGUGUCUGCCCCAGGGCAGGUGUGAUCUUCACCACCAAGAAGGGCUACCGAGUCUGCGGCGACCCCAAGCAGCAGUGGGUGCAGAGCUAUGUGAGGAACCUGGUUGCCAAGCGGAGGAAGCCUUCCACGGGGGCCAGAGCUCCAGGCGGCAGACGUCCCGGAGAGAUGCGAGCUUGAGGCGGCCCACCGUCUAGUCACCGCUCGGCCCUCUUGCCCUGAGUGUGGGACAGAGGGGCGGGGGCUACUUUUCCUGUCUCUUUAGUGUCACUCCCUGGGGGCCAAGCAGUAACCUCCAGCAUCCUGGGCCCUCCUGGCCUUGCCUGAGCUGGGUGAGAAGGUUCCAGAAGGAGUGUAGCCCUUUGUCCUUCUCUGCCCAACCUGGCGCUGGCCUGCCUCCGACUUGCAUCAGAGCCCAGACGCAUGGCUCGGGCACCUGUAGGGACAGCUUGCUUGGUGCAGCCUGUAGCUGGCUUCAGGGGGCCCUGUGGUCUCGGGGUGGGGCUGUGUGUCUGGGGACGGUGACCUGUCACAGUGGCAGCUCUGCAGCACGUUGGGGACCCCCCAGGCUGGUCCCAUGUUGAGUACUUUUGAGCCAAGGGCUCCUUUGCUGCCUGCCUUGCUGGAUCCCAUCCUUCCCUAGACACCAUCCAGGGGCUACAAUGAAUCAAAUUGUAUAAAGAAAUGGAUGUGCACUAUGGCAGCCCGCUGGGCAGUUUCACUGCUCUGUGUCGACUACAAGACAUUCUCCUUGAUGGCCCCAGCUCCCUGCUGCUUCGGGGACAAAGAUCUGCCCUAUUUUCCAAGCUGGGCUUUUCCUACAUUUUGGUGAGGGGAACACAGGGUGGGAGCUGAGGAGGGAGACAGACCCCAGCUUUUUCCCCACAUGUGUGAGAUACUGUAUGAUUUAUCCAGUGUACACUGUUCUCAAAUCAGAAUCCAAGUAAAAGGCGAUUUCUCCUCCGAAGGUGGUCGUGUGUGCCUGUCCUCGUCUCCUGGGGGGCAGGGUGGGGUGUGAGCAAGGGCGGGCACCCCGGGCUGCCCAGGGUGAUUGUGGUUUCUCCCCCAAGGUUCAUAU